AGAAAGGAAACAUGCUCAGUCUUUCACUGGGUGUCCGUAGUGUGCUUGACCUACAUCAACUCUUAGUAAAGAGAAAAACUCUUAACUGAACUUUAACUAGAUCCUGACUGAAACUUCCAGCAAAAACCCCCAAAAGAGACUCUGGUGCAAGAAAACCCACAAAAAAUGCCAGCUCAGGAAAAUUGUGGUUUUCAGGGUCCAGUAGCUGGAGUGUUCCUUGAACAUUCAAAUCAAACUAUUACAAUAUACCAAGCCUUCAAGAAGCGCUUGUUGAAGCCAGGAACAUGUCUGGCACUGUUAGAAGCUCAAGCUGCAACAGGAGGAAUCAUCGACCCCAUCAAAAACUUGACAUGGUCUGUAGAUGAUGCAGUAAAGGAAGGCAUUGUGGGACAUGAGAUGAAAGAGAAACUUCAGUUAGCUGAGAGAGCAAUCAAGGGCUACACAGAUCCAUACACCAACCAACAGAUCUCACUCUUUCAGGCCAUGCAGAAAGAUGUUAUCCCAAAAGAACAUGCCAUUAGAUUACUUGAGGCACAGAUCUCUGUCAAAGGGAUCUAUGACCCUAUUGAAAAAUGCCAUCUAACAGAAAAACAAGCCUACGGGAAGGGUCACUAUGACAAAGAUCUUUUAAGAGACAAAGUGGAUGCCCUAAAAGUAUUCUAUGACCCAAACUCUCAAGAAAACCUCACCUAUGCAUCACUGAUAAAGAAAUGCACUGUAGCCCCAGAAACAGGUUUGCUGCUGUUCCCCAUCUGCAUCACAUUUAAAGGCCUCCGCAGAGGUGUAACCUCCGCUGAGCUUCUGGCAUCAAAAAUUAUUGACCAACAGACAUUUGAAAAUCUGCAUAAGGGUAAAACCACCACCCAGGAUGUGAUGUUAAUGGAAACAGUGAAAGAAUAUCUAGAAGGUAAAAAGAGCAUUGGGGGAGUAGCUGUGCUCUCCACAAACAAGAGAAUGAGCAUCUAUCAGGCAAUGAGACAAGGUAUAAUCAUGCCUGGCUCUGCUUUGAUUCUGCUGGAAGCCCAGGCUGCAACUGGAUUCAUGAUUGACCCUGUUGAAAACAAGACAUACAGUGUAGAUGAAGCCAUUAAACAAAAACUUGUAGGGCCUGAGUACCACACAAAAUUGCUUGCAGCAGAACGUGCAGUAACUGGUUACAACGAUCCAUACACUGGUGAAACCAUAUCUCUUUUUCAAGCUCUGAAGAAGGAACUGAUCGUAAAGGAACAUGGGAUCCGAUUGCUUGAGGCACAGAUUGCAACUGGUGGAAUUAUCGAUCCAAUAAACAGUCACAGAGUUCCUGUGGAGGUAGCUUACAAGCGUGGCUUCUUUGAUGAGGAAAUUAAUGCCAUCCUUGAAGAUCCUGGAGAUGACACUAAAGGUUUCUUUGACCCAAACACAAACGAUAAUCUGACAUAUCUACAACUGCUGGAUCGUUGUGUCAUCGACCCCUCUACAGGACUCACACUAUUACCCAUUCACGAUCCAUCCAGUAGUCUGAAUCACACGUUCAUUGGCUAUGACAUCAAAAAAGUCUUCAAGGGUGUCAUGGUAAAAGUGACAUGUGGAAAAUACAUGGGAAUGACUGUUUCGCUCUGGGAAUUACUCAUGUCUGAAUAUUUCACUGAACAGCAAAGGCAAACCUUCAUUGAGCAAUACAGAAACAAAACACUCACAAUUGAAAUUAUAGUCACCAAAGUCCUGGAGAUCAUUGAACAUUCAGUGAAAACAGCUAAUGUAGUUUUUGACGGUAUAAGAGAAAAAGUAACUGCAAACCAGCUCGCUGAAGCUGACAUAAUCACAGAGAAUGAUCUAGCAGAUCUCAGAGAAGGAAAAAAGACUGUCAAAGAUGUUACAGAGAAUGAAUCUGUGCAAACAUACCUUCAAGGUAAACCAAGCAUUGCUGGUGUACUGCUUCCUGACUCCCAAAUAAUGUCAAUCUACCAAGCCCGACAAAAAGGAAUUCUGAGACCAGGAACAUCACUUGUUCUUCUUGAAGCCCAGGCUGCAACAGGUUUCAUAAUUGACCCAAUUGCUAAUCAAAAGUUUUCUGUAGAUGAUGCAAUGAAGGCACGAGUUAUAGGGGCUGAUCUUCAUGCAAAAUUAAGCUCAGCAGAGAAGGCAGUGACAGGUUACCAAGAUCCUUACACUGGCAAGAAAAUCUCAUUGUUCCAAGCAAUGCAGAAAGAUUUAAUUGUGAAGGACCAUGGCAUACGUCUGCUAGAGGCCCAGAUUGCCACAGGGGGCAUCAUUGAUCCUAUAAAUAGCCAUCGCAUUCCUGUUCAUAUUGCUUAUAAACGAGGAUAUUUUGAUACAGAAAUGAAUCAGAUCCUUUGUGAUCCAACUGAUGACACAAAAGGAUUCUUUGACCCAAACACUCAUGAAAACCUUACUUAUAUGCAGCUGAUGUCCAGAUGUGUCACUGACCAAAGCACAGACCUUUGCCUUUUGACAAUCAAAGGAAACGACAAGAGAGUCAAAAUAGGGGGCAGUGCCAUAGAGGUGUUCCAAACCACAUAUGUCUCUGUGAGAUACGGCAGAUUCAGCAACAAGAAAGUGACACUCUGGGAUCUCAUCAACUCUGAAUAUUUGUCAGAGGAGAAAAGGCAGGAGCUGUUAAAGCGCUACAAGUCCAAAACAAUCACGAUAAAGGAAAUCAUAACAAUUAUUUUAGAGAUAAUUGAGAGCAAGGAAGUACAAAGAAAUGUUGACCUCAGUGUAAAUGGUCUUAGAGGAAAAGUCUCUAUUUUGGAGCUGCUGGAUUUGGCAAUAAUAGAUGAAAAAACAUACAAAAAUGUGCUUGAGGGGAAGCUAACAAUCAAAGAUCUCACUGAGAUGGGCACUGUGAGAAACUUCCUUAUUGGAACAAGCUGUAUAGCAGGUGUAAUAUUGCAGAAGUCAAAUCAGAAAAUGAGCAUCUACCAAGCCAAAAAAGAGGGCUAUCUUACUCCUGGCACUGCAUUGUGUCUUCUUGAAGCACAGGCUGCCACUGGUUUUAUUAUUGAUCCAAUACAAGACAAGAAACUCACUGUUGAGGAGGCCUUGAAGCAGAAAGUCCUUGUUCCAGAGUUGUAUGAAAAACUCUUGGCUGCUGAGAAAGCGGUGACUGGUUACAAAGACCCAUACACUGGCAAGACAAUAUCACUUUUUGAAGCCAUCAAGAAAGAACUUAUAGUAAAGCAGCAUGGAAUACGUCUACUUGAAGCCCAGAUUGCAACAGGUGGCAUCAUUGAUCCUUUAACAGGUUUGCAUUUACCACUUGAAGUUGCUUUCAAAAAGGGUUAUUUUGAUGCAGACUUAAACAAGAUCCUUGCUGAUCAAAGUGAUGACACUAAAGGAUUUUUUGAUCCCACCACACAAGAAAAUCUGACCUACAUGGAGAUGUUGGCACGAUGCAUCAAGGAUCCUGAUACUGGUCUUUUCCUUCUUCCAGUCACUGAAAAAGGGAAAACACAAAAAAAGUCACAAAACAUUCUCUCAGAUGCUGAGAUCAAGGAAGAAUUUGAGAAAAACAGUGUUGUUGUUUCUGUUGGCCGUUUCUCAGGAAAAACACUGUCUCUCUGGGAAGUAAUACAUUCUGUAUACUUCACAGAUGAACAGAGGCAGGAGUACUUUGAACAAUAUCGUCUGGCUAAGAUAAACAUCAAGGAUGUUGUCACCACAGUUACCAAAACUCUUCAAACAAUAGAACAGACAGAAGCAAUUUCUCAAACCACUUUGGGCCUGAGAAAACCUGUUUCGAUGCAACAGCUGCAUGACUCUGGAAUCAUUGACAACAAAAUGUACAAAGAGCUGCAACAUGGUAAGGAGACACUUGAAAAUGUGGUUAAACUUGAAUCUGUUCAAAGGUACUUGAAAGGCACUGGAAGUAUUGCUGGAGUAAAACUUAAUCCAUCAGGAAAAGUGUUAAGUUUAUACAUGGCAAAAACUGAAGGCGUACUCAGUUCCGAUGCAGCACUCUUGUUGCUUGAGGCUCAGGCAGCAACUGGAUAUGUUAUCGAUCCAAUCCAAAACACACAUCACACAGUCAUGGAGGCUGUCAGAGCUCAAAUUAUUGGACCAGAGAUACUGGAGCACUUACUAUUGGCUGAAUGUGCUGUCACUGGUUUCAGAGACCCAUACACAGAUGAGCAAAUAUGCUUAUUUGAAGCAAUGCAAAAAGGUCUCAUCCCUCUUAAAAAUGGAUUGAACCUCUUAGAUGCACAGCUUGCCACAGGGGGAAUUAUUGAUCCAAUUGGCAGCUACAGGCUGCCUUAUCGGAAGGCAAUAUUGAAAGGAUGUGUGAAUAAUGAGACCAGUGAUCUUUUAGCAAAUCCUAUAAAUAGUGAAAAGGGGUUUUCUGACCCAGAAACUAAAGAACCUCUUACGUACCAACAACUCAUCAAGAAAUGUGAAAGGAAUUCAACCACUGGCCUACUCCUUCUCCCAGUAGAUGAAAAGAGUUCUGAAAACUCAACCUACAGUGACAAGCAAAUAAUAAAGGUCUUCAAAGAAAAAUCAGUGAUCAUUAAUGCUGGUAAGUUUGCAGAUAAACGUGUAUCACUUUGGGAUGUACUACACUCAGGGUACGUCUCUACAGAGAAAAUGAAAGAAUUUCUUGACUUAUACAAACAAAAGAAACUGUCAAUAGAGGAGAUAACAGAAAUGGUGACAGCAAUGAUAAUUGAAGUAACAACAAAAAAACAUUCAUUUAAAGGUCUGAGAAAACAAGUGUCAGCAAGUGAGCUAUUUGGGGCAAAAAUCAUCUCAAAAGAAAUUAUGGAUAAGCUUAUCAAUGAUGAAGUAGAUGAUGAAGAUAUCAACCAAAUGGAAUCUAUUCAAAAAUACCUUGGAGCAACAAACUGUAUUUCUGGUGUGUAUGUCCAGUCCACAAAACAGACCAUGAGCAUCUUCAAUGCCAAAAAUAAGGGACUUCUGACACCUGGAACAUCUCUGGUUUUGCUUGAAGCUCAGGCUGCCACUGGCUUUAUAAUUGACCCAGUGAAGAAUAAAAAGCUGUCAGUAGAGCAGGCGGUGACUGAAGGACUUGUUGGGACAGAAUGGAAAACCAAACUGCUCUCUGCAGAACGGGCAGUCACUGGUUACACAGACCCCAGCACAGGGAACAUAAUCUCCUUGUUCCAGGCCUUGAAAAAAGAUUUGAUCGUCAAGGACCAUGGUAUUCGUCUGUUAGAAGCUCAGAUCGCCACUGGAGGCAUUAUUGAUCCUGUGCACAGCCAUCGUGUUCCUGUGGAGGUGGCUUACCAAAGAGGGUACUUUGAUGAGGAGAUGAACAAUAUCCUAUCUGAUCCAGGUGAUGAUACCAAAGGAUUCUUUGAUCCCAACACACAGGAGAACCUCACAUACUUGCAACUUGUGGAGCGGUGCGUUAGAGACCCCUACACUGGCCUCAGCCUCCUUGUGAUUGUGAAAAAGGGUGAGCACUACUUCUUCAUUGAUGAACAUACAAAGAAUAUUCUUAAGUCUACAACCACAAAGAAAGCAGGAGGAAAAUUCCAAGGACAGCUGGUCACUCUUUGGGAUCUGCUGUACUCAAAUUACAUUUCUGAGGAAAAGAGGAGAGAACUGGUCCAGCAGUUUAAAUCAGGUACAAUAACUAUAGAACAGUUCCUAGAAAUAGUCCUGACAUUGACAUCAGAGAAAUCAGGAACAAGCACCCAAACUAUUACAACAAUAACAACUACAACAGCAGAGACAAGCCAAAAUCAAACAUUUCAAGGUAUCAGAAAGAAAGUGAGUGCUGAUGAGUUGUGGAAAUCCAAAGUCAUUGAUGAGAAAAUUUACAAAGACCUAACUUCCGGAAAAGUAACAGUUGAUCACGUAAGUGAAAUGGACUCUGUGCGAAAAUACCUGAAAGGAACAAAUAGCAUCGCUGGUGUGUUUGUACAGUCUACCAAACAAACCAUGAGCAUCUUCAAUGCCAAAAAUAAGGGACUUCUGACACCUGGAACAUCUCUGGUUUUGCUUGAAGCUCAGGCUGCCACUGGCUUUAUUCUUGACCCAGUGAAGAAUAAAAAGCUUUCCGUAGAGCAGGCGGUGACUGAAGGACUUGUUGGGACAGAAUGGAAAACCAAACUGCUCUCUGCAGAACGGGCAGUCACUGGUUACACAGACCCCAGCACAGGGAACAUAAUCUCCUUGUUCCAGGCCUUGAAAAAAGAUUUGAUUGUCAAGGACCAUGGUAUUCGUCUGUUAGAAGCUCAGAUCGCCACUGGAGGCAUCAUUGAUCCUGUGCACAGCCAUCGUGUUCCUGUGGAGGUGGCUUACCAAAGAGGGUACUUUGAUGAGGAGAUGAACAAGAUCCUAUCUGAUCCAGAUGAUGAUACCAAAGGAUUCUUUGAUCCCAACACACAGGAGAACCUCACAUACUUGCAACUUGUGGAGCGGUGCGUUAGAGACCCCAACACUGGCCUCAGCCUCCUUGUGAUUGUGAAAAAGGGUGAGCACUACUUCUUCAUUGAUGAACAUACAAAGAAUAUUCUUAAGUCUACAACCACAAAGAAAGCAGGAGGAAAAUUCCAAGGACAGCUGGUCACUCUUUGGGAUCUGCUGUACUCAAAUUACAUUUCUGAGGAAAAGAGGAGAGAACUGGUCCAGAAGUUUAAAUCAGGUACAAUAACUAUAGAACAGUUCCUAGAAAUAGUCCUGACAUUGACAUCAGAGAAAUCAGGAACAAGCACCCAAAAUAUUACAACAAUAACAACUACAACAGCAGAGACAACCCAAAAUCAAACAUUUCAAGGUAUCAGAAAGGAUGUGAGUGCUGAUGAGUUGUGGAAUUCCAAAGUCAUUGAUGAGAAAAUUUACAAAGACCUAACUUCCGGAAAAGUAACAGUUGAUCACGUAAGUGAAAUGGACUCUGUGCGAAAAUACCUGAAAGGAACAAAUAGCAUCGCUGGUGUGUUUGUACAGUCUACCAAACAAACCAUGAGCAUCUUCAAUGCCAAAAAUAAGGGACUUCUGACACCUGGAACAUCUCUGGUUUUGCUUGAAGCUCAGGCUGCCACCGGCUUUAUGAUUGACCCAGUGAAGAAUAAAAAGCUGUCAGUAGAGCAGGCGGUGACUGAAGGACUUGUUGGGACAGAAUGGAAAACCAAACUGCUCUCUGCAGAACGGGCAGUCACUGGUUACACAGACCCCAGCACAGGGAACAUAAUCUCCUUGUUCCAGGCCUUGAAAAAAGAUUUGAUCGUCAAGGACCAUGGUAUUCGUCUGUUAGAAGCUCAGAUCGCCACUGGAGGCAUUAUUGAUCCUGUGCACAGCCAUCGUGUUCCUGUGGAGGUGGCUUACCAAAGAGGGUACUUUGAUGAGGAGAUGAACAAUAUCCUAUCUGAUCCAGGUGAUGAUACCAAAGGAUUCUUUGAUCCCAACACACAGGAGAACCUCACAUACUUGCAACUUGUGGAGCGGUGCAUUAGAGACCCCAACACUGGCCUCAGCCUCCUUGUGAUUGUGAAAAAGGGUGAGCACUACUUCUUCAUUGAUGAACAUACAAAGAAUAUUCUUAAGUCUACAACCACAAAGAAAGCAGGAGGAAAAUUCCAAGGACAGCUGGUCACUCUUUGGGAUCUGCUGUACUCAAAUUACAUUUCUGAGGAAAAGAGGAGAGAACUGGUCCAGCAGUUUAAAUCAGGUACAAUAACUAUAGAACAGUUCCUAGAAAUAGUCCUGACAUUGACAUCAGAGAAAUCAGGAACAAGCACCCAAAAUAUUACAACAAUAACAACUACAACAGCAGAGACAAGCCAAAAUCAAACAUUUCAAGGUAUCAGAAAGAAAGUGAGUGCUGAUGAGUUGUGGAAAUCCAAAGUCAUUGAUGAGAAAAUUUACAAAGACCUAACUUCCGGAAAAGUAACAGUUGAUCACGUAAGUGAAAUGGACUCUGUGCGAAAAUACCUGAAAGGAACAAAUAGCAUCGCUGGUGUGUUUGUACAGUCUACCAAACAAACCAUGAGCAUCUUCAAUGCCAAAAAUAAGGGACUUCUGACACCUGGAACAUCUCUGGUUUUGCUUGAAGCUCAGGCUGCCACUGGCUUUAUUAUUGACCCAGUGAAGAAUAAAAAGCUUUCCGUAGAGCAGGCGGUGACUGAAGGACUUGUUGGGACAGAAUGGAAAACCAAACUGCUCUCUGCAGAACGGGCAGUCACUGGUUACAAAGACCCCAGCACAGGGAACAUAAUCUCCUUGUUCCAGGCCUUGAAAAAAGAUUUGAUUGUCAAGGACCAUGGUAUUCGUCUGUUAGAAGCUCAGAUCGCCACUGGAGGCAUCAUUGAUCCUGUGCACAGCCAUCGUGUUCCUGUGGAGGUGGCUUACCAAAGAGGGUACUUUGAUGAGGAGUUGAACAAGAUCCUAUCUGAUCCAGAUGAUGAUACCAAAGGAUUCUUUGAUCCCAACACGCAGGAGAACCUCACAUACUUGCAACUUGUGGAGCGGUGCGUUAGAGACCCCAACACUGGCCUCAGCCUCCUUGUGAUUGUGAAAAAGGGUGAGCACUACUUCUUCAUUGAUGAACAUACAAAUAAUGUUCUUAAGUCUACCACCACAAAGAAAGCAGGAGGAAAAUUCCAAGGACAGCUGGUCACUCUUUGGGAUCUGCUCUACUCUAAUUACAUUUCUGAGGAAAAGAGGAGAGAACUGAUCCAGCAGUUUAAAUCAAGUACAAUAACCAUAGAACAGUUCCUAGAAAUAGUCCUGACAUUGAUAUCAGAGAAAUCAGGAACAAGCACCCAAACUAUUACAACAAUAACAACUACAACAGCAGAGACAACCCAAAACCAAACAUUUCAAGGUAUCAGAAAGGAUGUGAGUGCUGAUGAGUUGUGGAAAUCCAAAGUCAUUGAUGAGAAAAUUUACAAAGACCUAACUUCCGGAAAAGUAACAGUUGAUCACGUAAGUGAAAUGGACUCUGUGCGAAAAUACCUGAAAGGAACAAAUAGCAUCGCUGGUGUGUUUGUACAGUCUACCAAACAAACCAUGACUAUCUUCAAUGCCAAAAAUAAGGGACUUCUGACACCUGGAACAUCUCUGGUUUUGCUUGAAGCUCAGGCUGCCACCGGCUUUAUGAUUGACCCAGUGAAGAAUAAAAAGCUGUCAGUAGAGCAGGCGGUGACUAAAGGACUUGUUGGGACAGAAUGGAAAACCAAACUGCUCUCUGCAGAACGGGCAGUCACUGGUUACACAGACCCCAGCACAGGGAACAUAAUCUCCUUGUUCCAGGCCUUGAAAAAAGAUUUGAUCGUCAAGGACCAUGGUAUUCGUCUGUUAGAAGCUCAGAUCGCCACUGGAGGCAUUAUUGAUCCUGUGCACAGCCAUCGUGUUCCUGUGGAUGUGGCUUACCAAAGAGGGUACUUUGAUGAGGAGAUGAACAAUAUCCUAUCUGAUCCAGGUGAUGAUACCAAAGGAUUCUUUGAUCCCAACACACAGGAGAACCUCACAUACUUGCAACUUGUGGAGCGGUGCGUUAGAGACCCCAACACUGGCCUCAGCCUCCUUGUGAUUGUGAAAAAGGGUGAGCACUACUUCUUCAUUGAUGAACAUACAAAGAAUAUUCUUAAGUCUACAACCACAAAGAAAGCAGGAGGAAAAUUCCAAGGACAGCUGGUCACUCUUUGGGAUCUGCUGUACUCAAAUUACAUUUCUGAGGAAAAGAGGAGAGAACUGGUCCAGAAGUUUAAAUCAGGUACAAUAACUAUAGAACAGUUCCUAGAAAUAGUCCUGACAUUGACAUCAGAGAAAUCAGGAACAAGCACCCAAAAUAUUACAACAAUAACAACUACAACAGCAGAGACAACCCAAAAUCAAACAUUUCAAGGUAUCAGAAAGGAUGUGAGUGCUGAUGAGUUGUGGAAUUCCAAAGUCAUUGAUGAGAAAAUUUACAAAGACCUAACUUCCGGAAAAGUAACAGUUGAUCACGUAAGUGAAAUGGACUCUGUGCGAAAAUACCUGAAAGGAACAAAUAGCAUCGCUGGUGUGUUUGUACAGUCUACCAAACAAACCAUGAGCAUUUUCAAUGCCAAAAAUAAGGGACUUCUGACACCUGGAACAUCUCUGGUUUUGCUUGAAGCUCAGGCUGCCACUGGCUUUAUGAUUGACCCAGUGAAGAAUAAAAAGCUGUCAGUAGAGCAGGCGGUGACUGAAGGACUUGUUGGGACAGAAUGGAAAACCAAACUGCUCUCUGCAGAACGGGCAGUCACUGGUUACACAGACCCCAGCACAGGGAACAUAAUCUCCUUGUUCCAGGCCUUGAAAAAAGAUUUGAUCGUCAAGGACCAUGGUAUUCGUCUGUUAGAAGCUCAGAUCGCCACUGGAGGCAUUAUUGAUCCUGUGCACAGCCAUCGUGUUCCUGUGGAGGUGGCUUACCAAAGAGGGUACUUUGAUGAGGAGAUGAACAAUAUCCUAUCUGAUCCAGGUGAUGAUACCAAAGGAUUCUUUGAUCCCAACACACAGGAGAACCUCACAUACUUGCAACUUGUGGAGCGGUGCAUUAGAGACCCCAACACUGGCCUCAGCCUCCUUGUGAUUGUGAAAAAGGGUGAGCACUACUUCUUCAUUGAUGAACAUACAAAGAAUAUUCUUAAGUCUACAACCACAAAGAAAGCAGGAGGAAAAUUCCAAGGACAGCUGGUCACUCUUUGGGAUCUGCUGUACUCAAAUUACAUUUCUGAGGAAAAGAGGAGAGAACUGGUCCAGCAGUUUAAAUCAGGUACAAUAACUAUAGAACAGUUCCUAGAAAUAGUCCUGACAUUGACAUCAGAGAAAUCAGGAACAAGCAACCAAACUAUUACAACAAUAACAACUACAACAGCAGAGACAACCCAAAAUCAAACAUUUCAAGGUAUCAGAAAGGAUGUGAGUGCUGAUGAGUUGUGGAAAUCCAAAGUCAUUGAUGAGAAAAUUUACAAAGACCUAACUUCCGGAAAAGUAACAGUUGAUCACGUAAGUGAAAUGGACUCUGUGCGAAAAUACCUGAAAGGAACAAAUAGCAUCGCUGGUGUGUUUGUACAGUCUACCAAACAAACCAUGAGCAUCUUCAAUGCCAAAAAUAAGGGACUUCUGACACCUGGAACAUCUCUGGUUUUGCUUGAAGCUCAGGCUGCCACUGGCUUUAUUAUUGACCCAGUGAAGAAUAAAAAGCUUUCCGUAGAGCAGGCGAUGAAUGAAGGACUUGUUGGGACAGAAUGGAAAACCAAACUGCUCUCUGCAGAACGGGCAGUCACUGGUUACAAAGACCCCAGCACAGGGAACAUAAUCUCCUUGUUCCAGGCCUUGAAAAAAGAUUUGAUUGUCAAGGACCAUGGUAUUCGUCUGUUAGAAGCUCAGAUCGCCACUGGAGGCAUCAUUGAUCCUGUGCACAGCCAUCGUGUUCCUGUGGAGGUGGCUUACCAAAGAGGGUACUUUGAUGAGGAGAUGAACAAGAUCCUAUCUGAUCCAGAUGAUGAUACCAAAGGAUUCUUUGAUCCCAACACACAGGAGAACCUCACAUACUUGCAACUUGUGGAGCGGUGCGUUAGAGACCCCAACACUGGCCUCAGCCUCCUUGUGAUUGUGAAAAAGGUUGAGCACUACUUCUUCAUUGAUGAACAUACAAAGAAUAUUCUUAAGUCUACAACCACAAAGAAAGCAGGAGGAAAAUUCCAAGGACAGCUGGUCACUCUUUGGGAUCUGCUGUACUCAAAUUACAUUUCUGAGGAAAAGAGGAGAGAACUGGUCCAGCAGUUUAAAUCAGGUACAAUAACUAUAGAACAGUUCCUAGAAAUAGUCCUGACAUUGACAUCAGAGAAAUCAGGAACAAGCACCCAAACUAUUACAACAGUAACAACUACAACAGCAGAGACAACCCAAAAUCAAACAUUUCAAGGUAUCAGAAAGGAUGUGAGUGCUGAUGAGUUGUGGAAAUCCAAAGUCAUUGAUGAGAAAAUUUACAAAGACCUAACUUCCGGAAAAGUAACAGUUGAUCACGUAAGUGAAAUGGACUCUGUGCGAAAAUACCUGAAAGGAACAAAUAGCAUCGCUGGUGUGUUUGUACAGUCUACCAAACAAACCAUGAGCAUCUUCAAUGCCAAAAAUAAGGGACUUCUGACACCUGGAACAUCUCUGGUUUUGCUUGAAGCUCAGGCUGCCACUGGCUUUAUGAUUGACCCAGUGAAGAAUAAAAAGCUGUCAGUAGAGCAGGCGGUGACUGAAGGACUUGUUGGGACAGAAUGGAAAACCAAACUGCUCUCUGCAGAACGGGCAGUCACUGGUUACACAGACCCCAGCACAGGGAACAUAAUCUCCUUGUUCCAGGCCUUGAAAAAAGAUUUGAUCGUCAAGGACCAUGGUAUUCGUCUGUUAGAAGCUCAGAUCGCCACUGGAGGCAUUAUUGAUCCUGUGCACAGCCAUCGUGUUCCUGUGGAGGUGGCUUACCAAAGAGGGUACUUUGAUGAGGAGAUGAACAAUAUCCUAUCUGAUCCAGAUGAUGAUACCAAAGGAUUCUUUGAUCCCAACACACAGGAGAACCUCACAUACUUGCAACUUGUGGAGCGGUGCGUUAGAGACCCCAACACUGGCCUCAGCCUCCUUGUGAUUGUGAAAAAGGGUGAGCACUACUUCUUCAUUGAUGAACAUACAAAGAAUAUUCUUAAGUCUACAACCACAAAGAAAGCAGGAGGAAAAUUCCAAGGACAGCUGGUCACUCUUUGGGAUCUGCUGUACUCAAAUUACAUUUCUGAGGAAAAGAGGAGAGAACUGGUCCAGCAGUUUAAAUCAGGUACAAUAACUAUAGAACAGUUCCUAGAAAUAGUCCUGACAUUGACAUCAGAGAAAUCAGGAACAAGCACCCAAACUAUUACAACAGUAACAACUACAACAGCAGAGACAACCCAAAAUCAAACAUUUCAAGGUAUCAGAAAGGAUGUGAGUGCUGAUGAGUUGUGGAAAUCCAAAGUCAUUGAUGAGAAAAUUUACAAAGACCUAACUUCCGGAAAAGUAACAGUUGAUCACGUAAGUGAAAUGGACUCUGUGCGAAAAUACCUGAAAGGAACAAAUAGCAUCGCUGGUGUGUUUGUACAGUCUACCAAACAAACCAUGAGCAUCUUCAAUGCCAAAAAUAAGGGACUUCUGACACCUGGAACAUCUCUGGUUUUGCUUGAAGCUCAGGCUGCCACUGGCUUUAUGAUUGACCCAGUGAAGAAUAAAAAGCUGUCAGUAGAGCAGGCGGUGACUGAAGGACUUGUUGGGACAGAAUGGAAAACCAAACUGCUCUCUGCAGAACGGGCAGUCACUGGUUACACAGACCCCAGCACAGGGAACAUAAUCUCCUUGUUCCAGGCCUUGAAAAAAGAUUUGAUCGUCAAGGACCAUGGUAUUCGUCUGUUAGAAGCUCAGAUCGCCACUGGAGGCAUUAUUGAUCCUGUGCACAGCCAUCGUGUUCCUGUGGAGGUGGCUUACCAAAGAGGGUACUUUGAUGAGGAGAUGAACAAUAUCCUAUCUGAUCCAGAUGAUGAUACCAAAGGAUUCUUUGAUCCCAACACACAGGAGAACCUCACAUACUUGCAACUUGUGGAGCGGUGCGUUAGAGACCCCAACACUGGCCUCAGCCUCCUUGUGAUUGUGAAAAAGGGUGAGCACUACUUCUUCAUUGAUGAACAUACAAAGAAUAUUCUUAAGUCUACAACCACAAAGAAAGCAGGAGGAAAAUUCCAAGGACAGCUGGUCACUCUUUGGGAUCUGCUGUACUCAAAUUACAUUUCUGAGGAAAAGAGGAGAGAACUGGUCCAGCAGUUUAAAUCAGGUACAAUAACUAUAGAACAGUUCCUAGAAAUAGUCCUGACAUUGACAUCAGAGAAAUCAGGAACAAGCACCCAAACUAUUACAACAGUAACAACUACAACAGCAGAGACAACCCAAAAUCAAACAUUUCAAGGUAUCAGAAAGGAUGUGAGUGCUGAUGAGUUGUGGAAAUCCAAAGUCAUUGAUGAGAAAAUUUACAAAGACCUAACUUCCGGAAAAGUAACAGUUGAUCACGUAAGUGAAAUGGACUCUGUGCGAAAAUACCUGAAAGGAACAAAUAGCAUCGCUGGUGUGUUUGUACAGUCUACCAAACAAACCAUGAGCAUCUUCAAUGCCAAAAAUAAGGGACUUCUGACACCUGGAACAUCUCUGGUUUUGCUUGAAGCUCAGGCUGCCACUGGCUUUAUGAUUGACCCAGUGAAGAAUAAAAAGCUGUCAGUAGAGCAGGCGGUGACUGAAGGACUUGUUGGGACAGAAUGGAAAACCAAACUGCUCUCUGCAGAACGGGCAGUCACUGGUUACACAGACCCCAGCACAGGGAACAUAAUCUCCUUGUUCCAGGCCUUGAAAAAAGAUUUGAUCGUCAAGGACCAUGGUAUUCGUCUGUUAGAAGCUCAGAUCGCCACUGGAGGCAUUAUUGAUCCUGUGCACAGCCAUCGUGUUCCUGUGGAGGUGGCUUACCAAAGAGGGUACUUUGAUGAGGAGAUGAACAAUAUCCUAUCUGAUCCAGAUGAUGAUACCAAAGGAUUCUUUGAUCCCAACACACAGGAGAACCUCACAUACUUGCAACUUGUGGAGCGGUGCGUUAGAGACCCCAACACUGGCCUCAGCCUCCUUGUGAUUGUGAAAAAGGGUGAGCACUACUUCUUCAUUGAUGAACAUACAAAGAAUAUUCUUAAGUCUACAACCACAAAGAAAGCAGGAGGAAAAUUCCAAGGACAGCUGGUCACUCUUUGGGAUCUGCUGUACUCAAAUUACAUUUCUGAGGAAAAGAGGAGAGAACUGGUCCAGCAGUUUAAAUCAGGUACAAUAACUAUAGAACAGUUCCUAGAAAUAGUCCUGACAUUGACAUCAGAGAAAUCAGGAACAAGCACCCAAACUAUUACAACAGUAACAACUACAACAGCAGAGACAACCCAAAAUCAAACAUUUCAAGGUAUCAGAAAGGAUGUGAGUGCUGAUGAGUUGUGGAAAUCCAAAGUCAUUGAUGAGAAAAUUUACAAAGACCUAACUUCCGGAAAAGUAACAGUUGAUCACGUAAGUGAAAUGGACUCUGUGCGAAAAUACCUGAAAGGAACAAAUAGCAUCGCUGGUGUGUUUGUACAGUCUACCAAACAAACCAUGAGCAUCUUCAAUGCCAAAAAUAAGGGACUUCUGACACCUGGAACAUCUCUGGUUUUGCUUGAAGCUCAGGCUGCCACUGGCUUUAUGAUUGACCCAGUGAAGAAUAAAAAGCUGUCAGUAGAGCAGGCGGUGACUGAAGGACUUGUUGGGACAGAAUGGAAAACCAAACUGCUCUCUGCAGAACGGGCAGUCACUGGUUACACAGACCCCAGCACAGGGAACAUAAUCUCCUUGUUCCAGGCCUUGAAAAAAGAUUUGAUCGUCAAGGACCAUGGUAUUCGUCUGUUAGAAGCUCAGAUCGCCACUGGAGGCAUUAUUGAUCCUGUGCACAGCCAUCGUGUUCCUGUGGAGGUGGCUUACCAAAGAGGGUACUUUGAUGAGGAGAUGAACAAUAUCCUAUCUGAUCCAGGUGAUGAUACCAAAGGAUUCUUUGAUCCCAACACACAGGAGAACCUCACAUACUUGCAACUUGUGGAGCGGUGCGUUAGAGACCCCAACACUGGCCUCAGCCUCCUUGUGAUUGUGAAAAAGGGUGAGCACUACUUCUUCAUUGAUGAACAUACAAAGAAUAUUCUUAAGUCUACAACCACAAAGAAAGCAGGAGGAAAAUUCCAAGGACAGCUGGUCACUCUUUGGGAUCUGCUGUACUCAAAUUACAUUUCUGAGGAAAAGAGGAGAGAACUGGUCCAGCAGUUUAAAUCAGGUACAAUAACUAUAGAACAGUUCCUAGAAAUAGUCCUGACAUUGACAUCAGAGAAAACAGGAACAAGCACCCAAACUAUUACAACAAUAACAACUACAACAGCAGAGACAAGCCAAAAUCAAACAUUUCAAGGUAUCAGAAAGAAAGUGAGUGCUGAUGAGUUGUGGAAAUCCAAAGUCAUUGAUGAGAAAAUUUACAAAGACCUAACUUCCGGAAAAGUAACAGUUGAUCACGUAAGUGAAAUGAACUCUGUGCGAAAAUACCUGAAAGGAACAAAUAGCAUCGCUGGUGUGUUUGUACAGUCUACCAAACAAACCAUGAGCAUCUUCAAUGCCAAAAAUAAGGGACUUCUGACACCUGGAACAUCUCUGGUUUUGCUUGAAGCUCAGGCUGCCACUGGCUUUAUUAUUGACCCAGUGAAGAAUAAAAAGCUUUCCGUAGAGCAGGCGGUGACUGAAGGACUUGUUGGGACAGAAUGGAAAACCAAACUGCUCUCUGCAGAACGGGCAGUCACUGGUUACACAGACCCCAGCACAGGGAACAUAAUCUCCUUGUUCCAGGCCUUGAAAAAAGAUUUGAUCAUCAAGGACCAUGGUAUUCGUCUGUUAGAAGCUCAGAUCGCCACUGGAGGCAUCAUUGAUCCUGUUCACAGCCAUCGUGUUCCUGUGGAGGUGGCUUACCAAAGAGGGUAUUUUGAUGAGGAGAUGAACAAGAUCCUAUCUGAUCCAGAUGAUGAUACCAAAGGAUUCUUUGAUCCCAACACGCAGGAGAACCUCACAUACUUGCAACUUGUGGAACGGUGCGUUAGAGACCCCAAGACUGGCCUAAGUUUGCUCGCUUUAAAAAAGUAGAUAUGAUUUGAUGCAAAAUGCCAUGCAAUAUAUUCUUCAUUAACUAUAAUCACUGUUCUGUUUCCACUAAUGCCAGAAACAAAUCUGUAAAUGUAUAUCAGUUAACAUUCAAUUUCAGUGUGCAUUGCUUACAAUAUACAUGUUCAGUUUUACAUUUUUAAACUGAAAUUUAGAAGCAUCAGUAAAAGCGCAAAUUCUUUGUUUAAAAUUCUUUUAAAUGUUCAAAUUUUGCAUUUAAUCUUUUUAACUCAUGCUCUCUUGUGGUGUUCAAAACAAUUAAAAAAAUUAUAAACAAUUGCAAUACGUUAGUUUGUUUAAUAAUUUUCAUGUCAGUAAUCUCUUUCAUCUCAUUAAACAUUCCUUGUUUACACUGUAAUAAA